CUCUGAAAUACUUUUAGAAGUUAAUAAAUAUUUUUCGGAAUAUAAAAUACUUUUUUUUAUUAUGUUUUGAAGCAUACUAGCGUUUGUCAGAAAUAAUUCGGAAAAUACAAAAUUUAGUAAAAAUUGUGACUUGUAUAAAACAUAAGCAAAUUGAGUAAUAUUCAGAAUUUGCUUUCGCAUUUAUGUAUUUGUUCAUUGCUCAUUUGCCAGCAGUUUCUUUCAGUAUACCUUUUUCUCGGUAAUUGCAAUCGAAGUUGUCUUUUUCACGCGUGCUUUUAUUCGUUUACUUCAAGUAGCAUCGUGUUUUACAACAAAUAAAUUGUAAUUUUUUUUAUAACUUAAGCAAAGUAUAAUAAAUUAUAACCGGAAAGCUUUGAUACUCUACGAGAUUUAUUUCAUGGAUGAAGUGAUUAUUCUAGAUAGUGACAACGAACAGGAGCAAUCAUCUGACAUGGAGGUGGAGACAGUAGAAAUAGAUGCAGAGCAAAUUGUUCCCAAGGACAAUGCAACUAUUGCUGAGGAGAAGAAAAAGUUGGGCAACGACCAAUACAAAGCACAAAAUUACCAAGCUGCACUUAAACUUUACUCAGAUGCCAUUCAAUUAUGUCCCGACUUUGCUGCUUACUACGGAAAUCGUUCUGCCUGUUAUAUGAUGCUUUCGAAUUACUUAAACGCCUUAAGCGACGCUCGUCAAGCAGUACGACUUGAUCCUAAAUUCGAUAAGGCUUAUGUCCGCAUUGCAAAAUGCUGUUUAUUAAUGGGUGAUAUGGUUGGUAGCGAACAGGCUAUCAAAAAGAUAUUGGAACUAGAUUCGCAAAGCUCAGCUGUUAAAACCGAACAACAAGGACUGCAACAAUUGCGUCAGCUGGAGAAGACAAUACAAUCAAAUUACGACUCCAAGGCAUAUCGGAAUGUAGUGUAUUAUUUGGAUAGUGCAUUGGCUAUUGCGCCGGCUUGCCUUAGAUAUCGUUUGCUGAAGGCUGAAUGCUUAGCAUUUCUGGGACGCUGUGAUGAAGCCGUUGACAUUGCCGUAAGCGUAAUGAAAUUAGAUUCCACCUCUGCUGAUGCUAUAUACGUUCGUGGCUUGUGUCUUUACUAUACCGACAAUCUUGAAAAAGGGAUAUUGCAUUUUGAACGAGCCCUGCAACUUGACCCCGAUCACAGUAAAGCUAAAGAAAUGCGAAAUAAGAGUAAAGCAUUGAAAGAAAUGAAGGAAAAUGGCAACACACUUUUUAAGUCGGGACGUUUUCGGGAAGCACAAACUGUCUACACAGAGGCCCUAAAAAUAGAUGAAUUUAAUAAGGACAUUAAUUCAAAACUUUUGUACAAUCGAGCUUUGGUAAAUUCCAAAAUCGGCUCUUUGCGCGAUGCUAUUGCCGAUUGCACACGUGUUUUGGAAAUAAAUUCGCAAUAUUUGAAGGCCUUGCUUUUGCGGGCACGCUGUUACAAUGAUCUGGAAAAAUUUGAUGAAUGUGUAAAUGACUAUGAGGCGGCAUUGCAGUUACAAAAGACCCCUGAAAUUAAAAAGUUAUUGCGCGAUGCUAAGCUUGCUUUAAAGAAGUCUAAGCGCAAAGAUUAUUAUAAAAUUCUUGGUAUAUCACGUGGCGCAUCGGAUGAGGAAAUAAAAAAAGCAUACCGUAAAAAGGCUUUGGUACAUCAUCCGGACCGGCAUGCGAACAGCAGUGCCGAAGAGCGCAAAGAAGAAGAAUUGAAAUUCAAGGAAAUUGGUGAGGCCUAUGCGAUUUUAUCUGACCAACGCAAAAAAAUGCGCUAUGAUAGCGGCCAAGAUAUAGAAGAUCAGGAGCAAGACUUUGAUCCCAACCAGAUGUUCCGACAUUUCUUCCAGUUUAGCAGUGGAACAGGACAAGGUGCAUCAUUCGGAUUUGAAUUUUAAAAAUGCCGGAAACAAAAAAAUGACCGUUUCUUAAUUACCACAAGAAUAUUAAAAAUCUGAUGUUUCUCGGUAGUGCAAACAACCACGGUACAUGGCCCGAACUUAAAUAUAAAAUCGAAACCAAAUUGUUAAAUUAUUGUUUUUCGCUAAUUCGUAAAAAUGUGUGGAAAAUAAAAUUAUCAGCGUUUAAAUAAUUGCCCAUUUGACUUUACAAAGAAACGUAGAUCAGUCGGAACACACUAGUUUUUUUUUAUACAGAUGCUGAAAAAAGAAUAGAGGCCUUUUUUUAAACGGGCAAAUGGCUGAUAAAACUGGUAUAACUAUCUCCUAUUGAAAUUUUUGUUUGAAAAAAUUUUUGUAACGGAUAAAUAUACCCAGUUUAUCACUUUA